UGCUUAGCCAGAGCAGCGAGCGGAUCCCGGUGUGCCCGCGGCAGCUGCGCGGGUGUCGCGCGCGGCCCGAGGACGCCAAGCCUUGUCGCUCUCCCCCGCACACUUCUUUUUUUUCAAAAUAACCGGAACCAAUGAACGACCGUGGGACCCGAGCUCCGGAGGCCGCCGCUGCGGAGGGGACCAGGCUGGAGCACGGCGGGAAGCCGCGUCCCAGGCUACCGGAGCCGCCUGGGGAGUCUCCGGCCGUGGCCGUGGCGGCGCCGGCGCCUCGCGGAACGGACGGGUGGCCGGCGGCCCGGGCGCCUCCGCGCGCUCUUCCCGCUCCUCCUCCUCAUCCCGCCGCGACGCCCGGCCCGGCCGCGAGCUCGCUUCCCCGGCGGCGCUGGGCUGCGCUGCUGCUGUUCGGGCUGUUGGUGGCCGGAGCGGCGGACGGAUGCCAUCUGGUACCGAAACACCUCUGCGGCCGACAGGCCACCGGCUCGGCCGGAGCCGCCGCCUCUGCUUCCGCGGCGGUGGGCGACCGCCCGGCGCUCUUGACAGAUCCUUGUAUGUCGCUGAGUCCACCGUGCUUCACGGAAGAAGAUAGAUUUAGUCUGGAAGCUCUUCAGACCAUACAUAAACAGAUGGAUGACGACAAAGAUGGUGGAAUUGAAGUUGAUGAAAGUGACGAAUUUAUCAGAGAAGAUAUGAAAUACAAAGAUGCUACAAAUAAGCAUAGCCACCUGCACAGAGAAGAUAAGCAUAUCACUGUUGAGGACUUGUGGAAACAAUGGAAAACAUCUGAAGUUCAUAAUUGGACACUGGAAGACACCCUUCAGUGGUUAAUAGAGUUUGUUGAACUCCCACAAUAUGAGAAGAAUUUUAGAGACAAUAAUGUGAAAGGAACAACACUCCCCAGGAUAGCAGUACAUGAACCUUCAUUUAUGAUAUCCCAGUUGAAAAUCAGUGACCGGAGUCACAGACAGAAGCUUCAGCUCAAAGCACUGGAUGUCGUUUUGUUCGGACCUUUGACACGCCCACCUCAUAACUGGAUGAAGGAUUUCAUUCUCACAGUUUCUAUAGUAAUUGGUGUUGGAGGGUGCUGGUUUGCUUAUACACAAAAUAAGACAUCAAAAGAGCAUGUUGCAAAAAUGAUGAAAGACUUAGAGAGUCUACAAACGGCAGAACAAAGUCUUAUGGACUUACAAGAGAGGCUUGAAAAGGCACAGGAAGAAAACAGAAAUGUUGCUGUAGAAAAACAAAAUCUAGAGCGCAAAAUGAUGGAUGAAAUCAAUUAUGCCAAAGAGGAGGCUUGUCGCCUGAGGGAGCUAAGGGAGGGAGCCGAAUGCGAGCUGAGUAGACGCCAGUACGCAGAGCAGGAACUGGAGCAGGUUCGCAUGGCUCUUAAAAAAGCUGAGAAAGAAUUUGAACUGAGAAGCAGCUGGUCUGUUCCAGAUGCCCUUCAGAAAUGGCUUCAGUUAACACAUGAAGUAGAAGUUCAGUACUACAAUAUCAAAAGACAAAAUGCGGAAAUGCAAUUAGCUAUUGCCAAGGACGAGGUUGCUGCUUCAUAUUUGAUUCAGGCAGAAAAAAUUAAAAAGAAGAGAAGCACAGUGUUUGGGACACUGCAUGUGGCACAUAGCUCCUCGCUUGAUGAGGUAGAUCACAAAAUUCUGGAAGCAAAGAAAGCUCUCUCUGAGUUGACAACGUGUUUACGAGAACGGCUUUUUCGCUGGCAGCAGAUUGAGAAGAUCUGUGGCUUUCAGAUAGCUCACAACUCAGGACUCCCCAGCUUAACCUCCUCACUUUACUCUGACCACAGCUGGGUGGUGAUGCCCAGAGUCUCCAUUCCGCCCUACCCAAUAGCUGGAGGAGUCGACGACCUAGAUGAAGAUACACCCCCGAUAGUGUCGCAGUUUCCUGGGACCGUGGCUAAGCCUGCUGGAUCUUUAGCCAGAAGCAGUAGUUUAUGUCGCUCUCGUCGCAGCAUUGUGCCGUCUUCACCGCAGUCCCAGCGAGCCCAGCUUCCUCCACAUGCUCCUCACCCAGUCCACCAGCGACAUCCUCACCAUGCCCCUCACCCCCAGCACCCCCAGCACUCAUUACCCUCCCCAGAUCCAGACAUCCUUUCAGUGUCAAGUUGCCCUGCACUUUACCGGAAUGAAGAGGAUGAGGAGGCCAUUUACUUCACUGCUGAAAAGCAAUGGGAAGUGCCGGACACAGCUUCAGAGUGCGACUCCUUAAACUCUUCUAUCGGGAGGAAACAGUCUCCUCCUUUAAGCCUCGAGAUAUACCAAACAUUAUCUCCUCGAAAGAUCUCAAAAGAUGAGCUCUCCCUAGAGGAUUCUUCCAGAGGAGAGUCACCAGUAACAGCGGACAUCUCGCGGGGCUCUCCUGAUUGUGUAGGUCUGACAGAAACAAAGAGUAUGAUCUUCAGUCCUGCCAGCAAAGUGUACAAUGGCAUAUUGGAGAAAUCUUGUAGCAUGAACCAGCUUUCUAGUGGCAUCCCAGUGCCUAAACCUCGUCAUACAUCAUGUUCCUCAGCUGGCAAUGACAGUAAGCCAGUCCAGGAAGCUGCAAAUGUUUCCCGGAUAAGCAGCAUCCCGCAUGACCUCUGUCAUAAUGGAGAGAAAAGCAAAAAGCCAUCAAAAAUCAGAAGCCUUUUUAAGAAGAAGUCUAAGUGACCUGCUGACUUGACAGUAUUCUCUUCCAGUGGCAUCUGCAAACUUCAGCUCCCACCCUCCACUCUACUUUUUGUUUUAAUUUUAGGAAUAUAAUGCCAUUGGAGCUUUCCAGACCUGAUGACCUAGUGGGAUGUCCUUAAGGGCAACUGUCUACUGUCUGCUUAUUUAAGUGACUAUAUAAUCAAUUUGUCAAGUCAAGUCAUUAUUGAAAAACCAUUGAGAUGAGACAGUUUACAGUCAUUUCUGCCUAUUUAUUUCUGCAUAGUUGUUAGUGAUGUAUAUACAACAUUGUGUUGAAAGCCACUAUGGACUUACAAGCUUUAAUGGACUGUAAGCCAGCAUGGGCUUGCAAACAUUUCUUGUUUACCUGAGUAUCUUCUUAUCUUUCCACAGAGCUGUUGACAUCAUGGACUACAUAACUUUAUAACGUAAAACUAAUUGCACUACUGUUUUCCAGACUGGAAAAAAAUCUCUGCAAGCAAAACUGUAUAGAGUUUAUAAAAUGACUAUGGAUAGGGGACUGUUUUCAAUUUUAGAUCAAAAUGGGUUUUUAAGUAGAAACUAGGGUUUCUAAUUGACUUGAUUUCUGGAAAUGAAGACCCAUGUUUUUAUUAUGGGAUGCUUCUUCAAAUGCAUUUAAUAUUGUUAAGUUUUAAGUCCUGCUGUAAAGAUCAUGUUGUUUGUUUUCCCCAGGGCUUUCACUGUGAUUUACUGCAUUGCAGGCUGUAUGAUAAAAUAGAAAUAAUUUAAAGCAAGAAGGCUCUUGAUUCCUUAUACAAGUGGAAGAGUUGAAACUUGAUUGAAGGACUUAAAACAUUCACAAGCUUAAACUGAGGUGGGGGGUGUGGGGGUUCAGGCACUUGUUUACAGAUUUUGAAUACCUGCAAAGAAUUUAUGGUUUGUGAAAAAUUUGUACUGUGGAAAAGAUAAUAAAUUGGAAACAUUGUUGCGUGGGAUUGUGCUAAUUUUUGUUGGUAACACUCCACUAAAAAUACUGUUUUUGGAGAAGCUGUGUAAUCUGUCUUGUUGCUCAAUUACAAUAUAAGGAAUAUUGAUGUUUUGGAAAUGAGUUGUCAGCAAGUUUCUUUCUGUUUUAUAUUGUUUGUCAUAUUUUUAUGUAGUUUGAAAUGUCUAAAUGUUCUAAUAUCAAGAUUAACAAAUAUAAAUUUAUGGUGCAUUUAGAUUGUGUUGUAUUAAUUUAUAAUGUUUGAAAUUCAUUAAACUGACAGGCAGUUAUAAGGAUAGCUUUACUGUGAUAAAGUCAUGUAGAGCAAGCUCAUACAUUAACAUCUGAGCUUUCUGGUUAUUUCACUGUUAAAAUUCAGAGUUAUCAGUGUGGAUGGAUGUUUGGGUUGAGACUGAUACACAUUAAUUAGAAUCUUUUUUCAGCCAUGUAGCUAAAAUACACUGUAAUAUUUAACCCUGUGCUAUUUAGGUAGAAAUGUGGAUUGAUGACUGAAACGUUUCUUUGAAUUUUAUUUUAAGGGAAUGCUUUAUUGAAAUAAGGUAAAUUUCACAAAGUCUUAUGUGAAUUGUGAUUAUUUUCAUUGAUGUUAAAAAUUGUUAAAAGUCUUAAAUGAUAGUCACACAGGCAGAUGGUUACAUAGUUAACAGAUCAAGUGAUAGAGACAGAUGUUGGCUGGUGAAAAAGAUACUGUCUUAGGAUAAUAAAGUAAGAUAAUCUGAAAGGCAGAUUUUAGGACAACAGUUCUAGAGCUGGACAAGAAAGAAACAACUGUGCAGAAAAAUUGAAAAGUUUUCAGGAAAAUGUACUCAGUGAAGGAAAUGCCUUUCUUUUUCUCCUAGACAGACAGGAAAAAUGCGAAGGGAUGAACACUUUGAGUUUGAUAGACCAGGAAGGAAAAAGCUCCUGGAAUGUUGAGUGAAGCUCAGAAAAGGUACUGCCACCAACAGUGUUGCUGAUUAUUGAGAGUUGAGAGAAUGUUCUGGGUCAGAACCUGGGGAAGGUAUGCAUUUUCAGUCAGGGAGUGCAUUGUGGGUACUGCAUUUCACUCACAUGCAAAUAUUGAACUGAUGUUUUAUAUUGUUUGUCAUAUUUAUUUUGCAUUAAUAACAGUACUCAAUAAAUUCAACAAAGUAAUUUA